UUCCUGUCCAGUUUCUUGGAUUUCUCCGAAUUGUUUCAACAUCCGCCACCACUAAAAUCAUCCUCUAUUUAAAGUGUAGUGCUUCUAACUAAUCCAUUUAGUAGUUAGUUGUGCCACUCGAUGAAAGCUAUGAGGACAAGCAAGGCGUUUUUGCUGAUUGUGGCUUUAUGUACAGUAGUACCAAGCCUCAACGGCCAGGUCCCAGUCAAUGUAGAUCCCAAUCAGCAACCUGGACUUCAGAAGUUCUUCCUUGUGCCAGAAUCCGUUCUAGCACAAAUACCUCACCAAAACAAAAUCAUCCCAAUACCGCAAAACAUUGUCAGCACUGCUCCAGGCACCGUUGCAGGCCAACCUACUUUUCAUGCAGCGCAAAACUCGCAGCAGAAUCCAAGCAGGGUGUCGUUGACUGCCGAACAGGCAGAACAAGCUAAGAAGCAGGAGGCUUUCAGGAAUCAGGCAAUUGAAGCAAAUCGUAAAGCAGCUGCCCAGAGACAGAGACAAGAGCAGACAGCGCCAAGCAACCAAUUCAGCCAGAACCCAACAGGACAGUUUGCUCCUCAGAAUGACCAGUUCUUUGCUAAUCAGCAACACCAACAGGUUCAUCAAGUUCAGUCGCAGGUGCAACCACAAGUGCAGCCAGACGGUUUCAGGAAUGUACAAACACAGACUCCAACAAAAAGAGUGAAGCUCCAGAGACAGAAGGCCGCUCAAGCUGCUGUACAAGGGCAACAGCCUCGUGUCCAACAUCAUCAAUCUCAACAGCCACGUGCUCAGCAUCAACAGUUCCAACAGCCCCAGGUCCAACAACAGCAAUUCGCACAGCCCCAGGUACAACAACAGUUCCAACAGCCACAACAGCAAUUCCAACAGGCUGAAGUACAACAACAGCAGUUCGCGCCCGUUCAACAGACCCAAUUCCAACCACAACAGGCUCAACCAGCUCCACCAGUUCAGAGACAACAAGUUCAACAGCCAGCAGCCGCAUCCUUCAUCUCAAGCCAGCACUCCACAGAAACACAGAGACGUCCAGCCGACUCCAGGUCUCAAGCCCUCAGAGAUGAGGAGGAAAUCCACAGGCAUCAGGCUGAAAACGCCAAGUACUCGUUCGCCACGGCUGUCAAUGAUGGAAUCAACGACCAGCAGCACAUCAGACAAGAGACGCGUGAUGGUCUGAAACUGUCUGGACUGUACUCGUACAGUGACGGCUUCUACAAGCGCACCAUCCACUACGAGGCUGAUGAAAAUGGAUACAGAGUCAUUAACGAAGAGAUCGAACCGAUUGGAAAUGGACCCAUCAGCGACCCCUCCGGAACCGCAGAGGUUUCCUCGGAUGUGGGAGGAGCCAGUCUUCGUUACUCCAUUUCCGGGCAAGAUUUUCCUCCCAACGCCUUCACUGGAAAUGAACAGGAUGCAGCCACCAAUUUCCAACGUAUCUGAAGAUCUAGCUAACAAAUUGUCUACGUUCCAGUAGAGACUUUUGUGGUUUUGAAUCAAGAUGAACAAUAUUUCAUUCUUGAUUGAUUUUAUAGAAACAUGAGAUUUCUAUCUCAAGAUUAUGCAAUUCGCUCAGCUUUAAAUAGGUACUGAGUUGCAUAAUUGGCUUCCCACUCGGGAUGAAUAAGUUUAUUGAAGCUCAACUGAAAGAAUCAACAAAUAAAAGAUGAAAACAAUUCAAGAAUAUUCCGAGAUAGUGUGCUGCUAAGUAAUCAGUUGACCAAUUGACAAAAAUUGACCAAUUUAUCGGGACUAUUAAAAUAGUGCAGUCAUCGAAUGAAUUUUAAACAAAAGAAAAUUUGAGAGAAUUGGUGUUCUUAUACUUUUUAUUGUAGAAAAACCAUUGAUACGUGAAUCAAUGAAUAUAAAUUCUUCCUUAUAUUAAACAUAAUAUUCAUUUGAAUAUUUAUCUGUGACCAAAAGAAUUUGGUUGAAUGUAAUCAAUUUUUGAGAUGAUGAGAAAUCCAUAUAUUAUAUGUAAAUAUUUUUAUUCAAUUUAAAAUAGUUACUGUGUCAAAAAGCAGAAUAAAAAACAUAAAUUUGUUUUUGACUCUCAAUUUUUGUUGACAGUAAAAACAAUGUAUGGAUUUCACCAAAUAUGCUGUUAUUAUAAUAUUGUUGAGGUACUACAAUAAAUCAAAUGAAUAAAUAAAUUGAAAGCG